AUGCCUCGAUCGCCUGCUACUACCGCCUCCUCCGUUGACGAAACUGCAGCCCAUGCUGCUGGCCAAGAACAUUCAAAUUCACCAUCAAGCGAACUAUCGAUUCAGAAGCGCAGCGCACGGAUGAGAUUUUCCUUUCAAAAACCACCAACUCGCGCCCCAACUGUUGAAUCUUGGGAAACGCCUGAACCACAGAGUGGAACAAUGUUUGGUUUAGUUGGGGGAUGGUUUCGGUCGCUACGAUCAAAGAGAUCUGGAAGGGAUCUCAAGAAUGGAGACUCUGAGAGUCAUGGUGAUGCCCGGGGCUCAUCGCCACCUCGUCUUCCCGAUCUUGGUCUUGUUGGGUCAAAAUUAGACCUUUUGUCAGAUGAGACGCAUGGAUUCUCUUCCCAACAGAGAUGA